CGGAUUUCCGAACUAAUGUCUGUAGUUUGUUUACCUACCUCCGGUUAGCUGACAGCUGUUGUAGAGCUUUACUCACACUCUUGCAUGGUCGCGGGCAGCGUUUGGAGCUUUCAUCUCAGCGUGGCGCACGUCGAGCAUGGGAUGUUUUUGUUGAAUGAAGCGGGGACUCGCUUGAUGCCGACAGGAGGAUGAACUCCAUCAGCGGUCGGGUCCUCCUUGCUGUCCCCGCCGCCUCUGUCACAAACUCUGGAGCUUCAUCCUCCAGAGCCUUGCACGUAGAGCUCACAUCACAGCAGAGACGAUUACGUCACCUUCGGAGCAUCGCUGCCAGGAACAUCGUCAACAGGAAUGGUUCUCCUCUGCUGGACACUUACUUCACCCUCCACCUCUGUGUAGGAGACCGCAUUUCUAGAGAUUUUUACAAGAGUGAAGUCAUUUGCGACUCACUGAACCCCACUUGGCGGAGCCUGGAUUUUGGCAUGCUCCCAGACCUUCUGGAUACUUCAGUGUCUUGUUUUGUGGUGAGGAUCUGGGGUGGACAGAAGGAACAGUACCAGCUCCUGAUUGAAUGGAAGGUCAAUUUGGAUGGCCUGAGAUACACAGGACAGCAGAUUCGAUCCAGAAGUCCAAAUGAGAUCAUAUUUGGAUUGAAUGAUGGCUACUAUGCAGCUGAUAUUGAUCUUAAGGAUCAGUCAGAGCGGAGGAAUUAUACUCAGCUUCAGGUCGACCAGAGUUCAGUCAGGAAUUCCUACAGUGUUUUCUCUUUGCUCAGGCUUCACACAGCUCAGCGAGCCAUCAAACAGACGCAAGUGACUGUUCAGAGAAUUGGGAAGGAGAUUGAGGAGAAACUAAGGACAACAGCGACUUGCACUGAGCGGAAAAAAGAACGGGAGUGCAUGCAGCUGCGAAUCGCCGUGCUCCGUAGUGAGCUGCAGCGGCAGAGGAAGGCUCUGGGCAGGGAAAUGGACAUUCAACACAAGGAGAGGACACAGCUACAGAAGAAAGAAGAAGGAUUUUCUGCUCAACACGAAAGUCUACAGGAGGAGAAAGAAUCCUUAACAACGUUGCAAAAGGAAUGCACUGCCAAGAGAGAGCAGUUCCUUAAGUCUAAUGCCCAGCUCACCUUCCGCUGUCGUCAGCUCCUCUCUGAACUUUCCUACAUCUACCCCAUCGACAUGGUCAAUCAGUCAGAUUAUGUCAUCUGUGGAGUGAAGCUGCCAAACUCGGAAGAAUUUCAAGCAAAAGACGACGGGAGUGUGGCGGUUGCCCUGGGUUACACGGCACACCUGGUCCUGAUGAUCUCGUGUUUCCUUCAGAUCCCUCUUCGGUAUCCGGUGAUCCACAAAGGUUCACGUUCUUCCAUCAAGGACACAAUCACUGACAGACUCACUGAGAAGGAGAGAGACUGAGAUAUCAGCAUGGUUUGGCAACGCCAGACCUGCAGCAGACACUACCCAACCUGAAGAACUUCCUGGAACAUGGUCUGAUGGUGCGAUGUGACCGACAUCACGUUUCCAGUUCUAUCCCAGUGCCCAUAAAGCCCCAGCUGAGUGUUUCUGCAGCGUCAGAGAUGGAUUACCCUUACAACAACAGCUCUCCAGAGCGAAGUGUGAGGAAACGGGCGAGCUCGGAGGAUGAAGCACAACUUAAAAGCAAGUUAACGCCUCCUCAGAGCAACGCUGGAGCCACUGGUGAACAGCAGCCUCCCGUUAACCUGACCCCGCCCAAACAGCUGUCCUCCUCACUGGAUCCCAGCAUGGCCUCACAUAAUGUCACCACAAUGACUGAGGCCAGUAAGGCUGGAGACCAGGAGGAGGACAUGGAGGAGUGUGGGGGGACAGCCAUGAAAGAGGAGGAAGGCAAAGUUGUUAAAGAGACUGAAGCAGAUGAGGAUGACGCUAAAGAGCAGCCAACCAGCAGCACCGGUGCGUCCAGUUCAUUCACCAAACAGGACGUCAGCAACGAAACCGUGUCGGCCAUCCAGCACAUGAAUGGUUCAUUAGUACCAGGACAGCCSCCUGUUAGUCUAGUCCCAGGGCUUCAGUGCUCUGUCGAACAGGCUGAAGAGAUCAUGGGCACAGAGGCCACAGGGAUAGGCCUGGGGGUGGGGCUAGCGGGCGAGGCCCAACUGGAAGACUACCAGUGCAUCCCCGUGGACCACGCCGUGGCUGUGGAGUGCGARGAACAGGUGCUGGGUGAGCUGGCCGUCUUUGAGGAGUUCUCCAGGCGCAUCUAUGCACUAAACGAGAACACAUCCAGCUUCCGCAUGCCACGCAAGAACUCUGACAAGUGAGCCCGAGGGUCUGAGGAGAGAAAAAAAAAGUUUUGGAAAAACUCACAGUUCAAUUCAGACAAAUGCAAGGCAGGGAGAGAAACUGAGAUGUAAGAGGUGUGGUCUUCACUCCUCAACUGCUCCGAAGCUCUGAAGGCCAAAGAGCUGUUCCUCAACAACCAAUUUGCACUUAUUGUAAACAUUUCCGUAGUAAUCUUGUUCAUAAAUGAUCAAAAGUGUAAGUUCUGGGACAGUAAAGGUAGGAUCUCACUGAACUGCAAUUGUUGGUGACUCAAAAUUGCAAGAAAACAGCUUGCAAAUCUUUAUUCCAUUGCCGACCUCCAUCCACACAUUUAUAAUUGAAUUUACAGAAGUACAAUUUUGAAAUGGACAUCUUUUCUUUCAGGGGCAGCUCCCAUGCAGGUGUCAAAAUAUAGCCUUAGUGUUCUUGAGACAAUUACACUGCAACUAUUUUCAAAGAAAGUAUGUAGGACAAAAUAUAAUGAAGUUAAAGAUUCAGACAACAAGGCUGGACCUCUGCAACUGAUGAGGAAAUUGGGAAAAUUGAGUUUCAGGACAUGUUGAAGACUUAACUGCUCACCAACCAUUGUAAAUCAGUGACACUUACCUGACACUUUAAUUUUCCUAAUGAUCCUUUUUUUUGAUGAUGAUUAUGUUUUUCAAAACACAAGACAGCACUUCCAUGKAAUUUGAUAUCAUUAAUGGCUUCAGUUGGGGUUUAAAGAGGUAUUCCUGUCACUUUUAAUUAUUGAUUUAUGGAAAAGUCAUGAGCAYUUAUACUUGCUGUUGUAGAUAGCUCCUUGAACAGUCUCAGCUUAGAUAAUCAGAACUAAAUUAUGCCAGUAAAGUGGAUUGCUGCCAUUUAAAAACUGUUCCAGACUUCACUACUUCAUAGUGGUUCAUUGACCUUAACAUUGCCYUUUGUUUUUCAGUACAUGUUUUCUUAAACUGUGUGGUUAUUUGCCAGUAAAAGCAGCUAUAACAGCAGUUAGUUAAUGGUAAAUAAUGGUGACUUUGCUCAGAUACACUUCAAAAUCUGAUGGCUGAAGCUCUUAUCUUGUAAAUUUCAUAGCAGCUUAACAUUUAUUCAUUUUGACUUUUACAUUGUCAUUAGUUUUGUGUUACACGRUUAUUCCAGCAGAAGUAUUAUGAUAAUACCUCAGAAAGUCAAACYUCACAACAAGGAAGUGCUGCUCCAAUUUGCACUUGCAAUCCACAACCAAAUUUUUUAUGCAUUAGCAGUCUUCAGAAUCGUUGUUAGCUCGACUUAACCUGUUUCUCUAAACUGGAAUCAUUCAAAGAGCUARCUACAACAGGUAAGAUAUUAUUACUCAUACCUUUUGCACAGAACCUCACUUCAAACUGAACAAAAUAGCCCUUUAGGAAUCCCAGGUGAAAGGUCUAGGUGACAUUACAGAGACUGRGUGUGACUUGUUGCUCAGACGAGGGGCACAGCAUCCCAUCCUAAACUGCAUUUAGAACUUCUGUCUAAACCCAAAGUGGAGUUCUGCACAUUCUGUUUGACAUGUUUCUCCUCAUUAGUGCACUGAAAGUUAUUUUUGAAGCAGGCUGUCCCAGUGCUUCUACCUUUUGAGUGCAGAUCAUGAUUCCAGCGCCGUCGUUCAGGAUAAAUGUCAGUGGAUGUGUGCAGGAGCAAACGCACUUCGAUGUGAAGUAGAAGUGUGCACUUCACAGCAGCAUGCUAACAAAGUCGCUCUAUCACAGGAAACACAGCCCCACCUAUGAGCUUUGCAGACGUUCUGUUCUCACAAAAGUGAGGUGGAGGCRACAAACACGAGUCUGUUCGGAGAAACCUCUUCACUGUGACAGACUUUUCUCUUCACAAGUUUCUCCUUCAGGUCCUAAAAUGACACGCYACAAGUCGGACUUCACAGCAAAUGGCAGGGAUACAGUGCAAUUGUUCUGUUUUUGUUUGGCUUUCUUGUUUUGUUUUGUUUUGUUUUUUAACUGUAUGAAAAUUAAUUUUACUCCUAACAUCCACCUCCAGUUGACCAAGAUUCUUUUUAUUAUGUGUCUCUCAGGCGUCCCUCUAACUGUUGAUAGACCCCCAAUGCUUGAUUUUUGUCUCAUCUGUCCUGAACACUUUUUUGCACUGGUAUUCAGUUGUUGCUUUGUGUGUUACUACAAGUGAGUUCAAACAAAAAAAAAGUUUUAUUUCAUCAAAACAAGGGUGGCAAUACGUAAUACAGACUGCUGUGUACCAUAUAUUGUACAAUCCCAGUAAGUACCCAGUAAGAAACAACACCUUGUAUUAAAUCACUAGAUUCUAUAAGGGAAGAUAGAAGUUAAAGCCAGAGAUGUCACAGUGUCCUCACAGGUUGGUCCCAUUACAAGUUUUCAGUCUUGCCCUUCUAUGUAAGCAAAUACAUCUUAACUAUUAGAAGGGACAAAGAACAAGUCAUAUAUUUUUGAAGGUAUUGACUCUUGAGUCAUAAAGUUCAUCCCUUGCUGCUGUAUGGUCAAACAUAUUUAUUUCUAAUAAGAUUAGCUUUAAUUAGGAAUUUUAUGUUUAGGCCAAAGCUUGUGUCAUGAUUGUGUGAGGGGGAGUUGUUGGAACUUAAAGCCCAACAUCACUAGUGCAUAGAUGUCAGCUCCUAAAACACAACAUGGUAGACUCUGUGAACUUCCUCCUGCUGAUUUCAUCUUCCAACAAGAGAAAGCAGGAACACUAGUAUAUUGUACAUGGCUAUGGUAAGUAAGUACUUGGUACGUAUCCUUUACAUACUGGAUACAAACCAGGCUGUAUUAUGUAUUGCUACCAGAACAUGGACUCAUUCAUAAAGACAGUUAACUCUUGGCCUGAUGUCAAACCCACUGGAGGGGUCUGAACUCAGACAGUUGUUUUGAUCACAUGACCUGAUAAACCUAGACUUCAUCAGUCCACUAAGUGUUCCAGAUCCUSUAACAUGGUUGCUGAUUGUUUGGAAAUAUUGAAUUUAAAAUUUAAAGAUGAACCAUGUUAGAUAAUUUCCAUAAACUGCUAUAUACAUCAACAAGUGACCAUGUACAUAUACUUUUGUAUGGAUACAUUUUUAGUUAUUAAAGACUUACAGUUCAAUG